AUGCAGGGCUGCAUGGUGGGGAGCAGGGCUCUUCUGGGCCUCCUUCUUCUGAUCUGUCUUCAUUUCCCAGGCUUCUUUGCCUGAAGCAUUGGUGCAGUGGAGAAGAAAGUUCUCCAAGACUUGGGAACCAGCUUACCUCUGCUUGAGCAACCUUCCUUGACCAGCCACUCCAACUCUGAACUUCCUCAGCCAAAGCCAGACCCUGGGCUAAAUGAUUUAACAAGUGUUCCUCUGAAGCCCAAUGCUUCUCCAUCAGAUGGCUCCCAACCUGAAAGAGGUUCUGGGGUUCAGAGGUGGCCCCCAACUGAGGAGCUGCCCUCCAUGGAUCCCUGGCCCUCUGAGGAUCGUUGGCAGAUGAGGGCUGCUGCCACUGAGGAUUACGUGGGGGAAGUGCUGCCUGAAAAACUGUCUUUCCUUCCUGGUGCUGUUGCCCUCCCUCUGGGCAGAAGUCUUUUGCCUGCAGGGUCCUCUGCACGCUCCACAGGCCCAGUACCUGAGGCUCUACACCUCCACCAGGACUCUAAGUCUAGAUGGCCACUCCAUUCUAAUGUGCUGGGAGCCCAGAGAGAAAUCCUUGCCCAAUGCCCACCUUCUCUUAUUAACAGGAUUCAACAGCCACUGCUGCCUGGGCAUCCCUGGGGAACCCUAAAUCCAGGUGUGUCCUGGGGAGGUGGAGGUCCUGGAACUGGAUGGGGAACAAGGCCCAUGCCACACCUUGUAGGAAUCUGGGGUAUCAAUAGUCAAUACCCAAGUACUAGCUGGGGGAAUCUUAACCGGUAUCCAGGUACUAGCUGGGGAAAUCUUAACUGGUAUCCAGGAGGCAGCUGGGGGAAUAUUCAUCUACGCCCAGUUAUUAAUAAUCAGUUUCCUCCCAGAGUUCUCCAUCCUACUGGCUUUUCUUGGAACAUCCCAGCUGGCUUCCCCAGUCCUCAAAACCCUGGGUCACAGUGGGGUUAA